CUGAGGAAAUAGAGAAAAAGAAAACCAACAUAUUUUUACUUUUUCUUUCUUUCUUCUAUUAUAUAUUUUCUUUUUAUUACUUUAAUCAAAUGGAAAAAAGUCAAAGCUCAUUCUAUCUUUGGUCUCCUCCUCCUUUGGAUUUAUCGCUUGAUUCCUUUUCUGCUGAUAUCUUGAAUCAAUUUGAGAAAAAAAGUCAUAGUAUCGAUAUCAAUGAAAAAGAACAGACAACUCCAAGAUUACAAGAAGACCAGAAUAACUAUUACUCCUGCGAUAGCCCUAUUCGAUUCUCCUCUACCAUAGAACGUGCAAUAUCACCAUCUUUGAUUAAUGAUGGCGAAACCAGUCCAACUACGAACGUAUUUCGAAAAUCGUCUACGUUUCUAAAGAAUAAACUGAGUAUUUGCAGCAACCUCAGGAGCUCAAUUGAAAUUACACCCGAUUCUAGGAUAUCCCCAAUUACAACAGGUGCAGACAAGCUCACUCGUCAAUAUCCACCAAAGCCUUUGGAGUACUCCACAGUUAUUGAACCACCUUCGGAAAAUUUUGACUCAAUUCCAAGUGGAAGUUUAGCUUCUAGUAAAAGUAACGAAAGCAUUGAAUCGAACGAAAAAGAAGAAGAAGAAAAAGAAGAAGAGGAGGAGGAAGAAGAAAAAGAAAAAGAAGAAGAGGAAGAGGAAGAGGAAGAGGAAACAGCCAACGUACUUACCCCCGCCUCUCCAAUAUCAGAAUAUGUUAACACGGAGGCCGAUGUCGAUAAUAAUAACAAUACAGUCCCCCCAACUACUAAGGAGUCAUCAAAAGAUAACUCUCACGAUAGCAAUACAAGAAUUGAAUAUGACGCACCUACUCAUAAAGUGAAUAAUCAAGAUAUCAUAGCUGUAUCAUCUGUAGAGCCAAUGAAAUCAACUGGCCCCUCUGAAAAGCCCAAGCGUUCUAUUCCAGCAUCACCAGCGCCUAAACGAAGAGGAUUCUUCUUUUUUAGGUUUUGUUAAACACUAAUCCUAAAAAAUAUCGUUUUUCGUACCCUUUUAAUCGCACAAGGAAUAAGUAUUCACUCUAUAUAAUAUAAAUUCUUAAUAAAG